AUGGCCACCGGUCUCAUAACCCUGCCGACGGAGCUCCGGGACAAGAUCCUGGGGUUGCUCGAGCCGGCCGACCAUAUCAGCCUGCUCAAUACUUGCCAUGGACUACGAGGCAUGGCGGCGCCACUUGUGUUCCAAACGGUGAGCUUUAUCGCUGGAGGCAUCGGGAACAUCACAGGCCGGGCGCUAUAUGGACAUCUAGUCAAGGAGGUGAGGGUGAACGUGCCCCAUCCCGUCUGCAUCGAUUAUGACUGCCCCUGGUGCCGGUGGGGGAACAACCCGGAACGCGACUAUGGACAUGACGGGGCUAUCACAAAUUCAACCUUGGACAAGCAGAAUCUCUGGCUAACUCCUGACGCCGUGACGCUCCUCGCAGCCGACCGCACGAUGUUGCCUAACAUGACGCGACUGGUUUUGCACUUUUCAGAAUCCCUCAUGAGCCACCACGGGGAUUUCCGGCCUAUCAACGACAACCCAGCCUAUCAAGAGUUUCUCAGGCAGCUCCAAGACAUCUUCUUCAAACACUUGUCUGCGGUCAGGCGGCUUCGAUUCGAAUCACCCGAAUCUAGUCCCUUGGGAAUCAGAUCCAUGGAUGAAGCCAAAAAUCAAAAGAUUGCCACUGCACCCACGCUACGGAGGUCAAGACCUGAUCUACCGGUUUUUGAGUACUCCGUAGACUGUGUUGGCGGUCCGUGUUUGUGUGAAACCGAGGCACAGAACGCUUGGGCCUUUGUCGAGGGGCACGAUCAAGCGGCAUGGCUGAUUGGGAAUUACUGA